UCCGGCCUCCCCCGUGCCCUUUCUAGGCCCCCUCCCCCCGGCGGGGGGUGGGGAGCAGAGAGGGCCCCGCCCCUCGCGCCCCCUCCUCAGGGCCAGCGCAGGAUGCCCCCGGCCCCUGGCAGCCCCCCGGGAGGUCCUGAGCUCGACGCGCCCCCUCUACGCCAUGUCCCCCCCUGGCUCGGCCGCGGGAGAGAGCGCCGGCGGCGGCGGCGGCGGCGGCGGCUCCGGGGUCCCGGAGGAGCCCAUGGCAGCGGCGGACGAGGGCCCCGCCCGAGAGGAGCAGCGUCCCAUCCAGCCCUCUUUCACCAAAUCUCUCUGCCGUGAGUCUCACUGGAAGUGCCUCCUGCUUUCCCUGCUCAUGUACGGCUGCCUGGGGGCAGUGGCCUGGUGCCACGUCACCACAGUGACGCGCCUCACCUUCAGCAGCGCCUACCAGGGCAAUAGCCUCAUGUACCACGACAGCCCCUGUUCCAAUGGCUACGUCUACAUCCCCCUGGCCUUCUUGCUAAUGCUCUACGCGGUCUACCUGGUGGAGUGCUGGCACUGCCAAGCCCGCCACGAGCUGCAGCACCGUGUGGAUGUGAGCAGCGUUCAGGAGCGCGUGGGCCGCAUGCAGCAGGCCACCCCCUGCAUCUGGUGGAAGGCCAUCAGUUAUCACUACGUCCGGCGAACUCGACAGGUCACCCGAUACCGCAAUGGAGAUGCCUAUACUACUACCCAGGUCUACCACGAGCGGGUCAACACACACGUGGCGGAGGCUGAGUUCGACUACGCUCGCUGUGGCGUCCGGGAUGUGUCCAAGACGCUGGUGGGGCUGGAGGGCGCGCCGGCCACGCGGCUGCGCUUCACCAAGUGCUUCAGCUUCGCCAGCGUGGAGGCUGAGAACGCGUACCUGUGCCAGCGCGCCCGCUUCUUCGCCGAGAACGAGGGCUUGGAUGACUACAUGGAGGCGCGAGAGGGCAUGCAUCUCAAGAACGUGGAUUUUCGCGAGUUCAUGGUGGCUUUCCCCGACCCGGCUCGGCCGCCCUGGUACGCCUGCUCGUCGGCCUUCUGGGCGGCAGCCUUGCUCACUCUGUCCUGGCCGCUGCGCGUGCUGGCCGAGUACCGCACGGCAUAUGCGCACUACCACGUGGAGAAGCUCUUCGGUCUGGAGGGACCGGGCUCGGCCAGCAGCGCUGGCGGCGGCCUGAGUCCCAGCGACGAGCUGCUGCCCCCGCUCACGCAUCGCCUACCGCGAGUCAACACGGUGGACAGUACCGAACUCGAGUGGCACAUCCGUUCUAAUCAGCAGCUGGUACCCAGCUACUCGGAGGUGUUGCUCAUGGACCUGGUCGAGCUGGGUUCACGCUGCGGCGGGCCAGGGGGUAGCUACGUGCCCAGGUGUCGAUACGGAGGGGUUGGUGGCCCGGGCGCGGCGGGCGUGACCCCGAACUGGCGGAGCUGCGAGCACUGUCAGCGAGCGGUCAGCAGCUCGUCCAUCUUCUCACGCAGCGCGCUGAGUAUCUGCGCCAGCCCGCGGGCUGCCCAGGGCCCCGGAGCGAGCGCGGGGUGCGGGGGCAGCCGCUUCUCGCUCAGUCGCCUCUACGGCUCCCGGCGCAGCUGCCUGUGGCGCAGCCGGAGCGGGAGUGUCAAUGAGGCGAGCUGCCCCACGGAGCAGACGCGUCUGUCGAGCCAGGCCAGUAUGCGGGACAACGAGGACGACGAGGACGAGGAGGAGGCCGGGCCACCGCCGCCCUACCACGACGCCCUCUGCUUUCCUGUCCUCAUCGUCCAUCGGCAGGAGGGGUGUCUGGGCCACAGCCACCGGUCACUGCAUCGCCAUGGCUCCUGCGUGGAGACCUCACUGUGACCUCCCGCCUUUGGAGGGAGCCUGCGCCGCAGUUCUCCUUCCUGCCUCUCCUUGUGUUGUGCUCCCUGUGUGUAGCAGGGGAAGGCAGGAUGGUGGCUAAGACCAGGCAGGGUAUGAGAGAAGGCAGGAGGUGAGGGGCACGCUCAGACAAGACCUCAGUGAUCUGAGACUGCUUCCCUGUACACAGACAGAGGCUGGGAGAUUGGCAGCUCUCUAAGAAUCCCAUCCACCUGGGCAGAGGUGGUUCUCUUCCAGUCCCCACCGAGUUCUUGCAGGGGGGUACACCCCCUUUUCCAUGCAUACUCGAGAUUUCCCUUUCAGGCUUUCAUCGAGUCUUGACUGUUAGUAUGUUGUGGGACCCGUUUCUGGCCGCCCAACCAAGGGAGUCAUCAUGGUGGGCACCAGGAAAGGCAAGGCACUUGGGGCAUUUUUUUUUUUUUUCCUCCCCGGCUCCUCGUGGAGACGGGCGGUGGUUUGGUGAAGAGCAGCAGAGUUGGCUUCCAACCAGCUACUGUGUUCCCGGGUCUGAGGGUGGGGCCAGAUGGCAGCCCAGUAUUCAUCUCCGUACCUUGAAAGAGUUCUGGCUUCUCUGGGGCGUGCCGGGAAAGCCACACUCAUCACUGUUGUUUGUUUCAUUGAGCCCCAGAGGUCCGGUCCUGGAGGGACUUUUUCAUCACACCAGUGACGUCACUCACCUUGGGGCUUACCGGCUCUGAAGAGCUGUUGUCAGGGUGCAGGGGAAGGGAAGGGAGGGCACAGCAGGCCCUUUCUGGAAAAGACUCAGCCUCCGGUCCAUCAGCUGCUUCCUCCCCUGGGUUCUUGGGUAGGUGCUUCCAUCAAGGAGGCCAUCCUGGAGGUCCUCAUUAAAGCCGGCCAGGGGUGAGUGAGCAAGUGGACAGAGCCUGAGACACACCUCGAUGUCGAGACCCCUCAGGAGCAGAGUUAGUAAUGGUUGGUAGACUGAGACUAGCCCUGAUGGUGUGGCAUCAGGCGGGCGGGCGUGCUGUCGCUUUUCCUCGGUGGCGGCGCAGACUCUUUUUUUUUGUUUGUUUUUGUUUUUUUUUGUUUUUCGAGACAGGGUUUCUCUGUGUAGCCUUGG